GAUUAAUCGUUAAACUUAAUCGAUUUGAUUGAUAGUUAAGCUGGUAUCGGUUUGAGUCGGCAAUCUACUGAGAAAAAAACAACGGUUCUAUAAUGCAAUCGAAAGAACGAUUAAAAAUUAACAGAUAAUACUUAAUGAGGCAAGAUUUUUAAAAUUCAAAAGCUAUGUAUAACAAAAGAGUCAAGUCUGAAGUCCCUGGUGGAUCUUCGCAAUUUGAAGAGGAGCGAACAAUGCGAGUGUCAGAUUCGGUAGCCAUGUUCCAAAGUGUCAGCAACUCUCAUGAUUAUCAUCAGAGAAGUCAAAUGGGAUUUACUAAGAAACAAGCGGCUUUUCUGAGCCCGCAACCAUAUAAACCUACGCUCAGAAAUAGUAUCGCUGAUCAGACCGAUGUUAUCGAGGAAGCUGUGGUAAAGGUUAAAGAAAACCCUUUUAAGUUUUUGGAAGCAAAACAGUUAAGAACUGCCACCAGAGUUGAGAGGAGUGGAAAUCAAAUCAAGCUCGAAGAACCCCGUGUGUCUUCGCCGUACGCUGAAAAAAGUUUUCGAUCACCUGGUAUUAUUUCCGAUCAAAAUUUCAAAAACAAGACUCCAGAAGCUGUUCUAGAAACCGACCUAAACAACAGUCACGACUCUUUGGAUUAUCCAGUUGCCAAUGAUUAUUCACAAGUAAGAAAUCUCUUCGAGAAAAGUUCUCGAAAUGGAAAAACCGAACCUUUGAGGAGUCCAACUAAUUUUCAAGCACAAGGAAAGCUUUCAAACGCAAAUUAUCAAAGCAAUAAUAAUUUGAUAUCACCAUUUUCUCAGUUUGAUGUUAAACUUCAAAAAAUCCCAGGUAAAAAGGUCGAAUUGUCACAAAAUGUGAGUAGCCGAAAUGUUGUGAGCAAUGAAGUGACCCUGCCGGUUUAUCAAGAUGGAAUCGUCGAUUUUACACAAAAUGAGAUGCCUGCACCGAAUACGGUAUCCAAUCUCAAAAGCGUCUGGGAAAGAAAGAGUCCAACGCCGUCGCACAACGCUGCAUUUGGAGCAGUGAAAAGAGAAAAGAGCCCUACGCCUAUGUUUAAAGAAACGAAAUCAGCAAGUCCAACACCUGUAUUGAAAGCAGGGAAUUACGCAAAAUCCACUAGAUCUAUGUCCGACAACAAUUUGUCGCAAAGAUACAAAAGUGCUCGUUUAAUCUCGAACGAGUUAGAUCCAAAUAAACAACUGGCUGGCACCAACAUGGGCACGAGUACUCAAAGUUCAAGCUCCGUUAACUAUAGCAUGGGUACUAGCAACCCCGUGAAAACAUUUCCGUUGCCCACAAAUGUACUGGAGAAUAAAAAUAAGUCAAAGAUUGAAGUAUUGCCAAUAUAUAAAGAAGUAAAUGACGGCAAAAAAGUGUCAAAUAUUGAGAGCCAAAGAACAGUCUCUAGUCCAAAUUUGACAGCGCUACAUUCGAAACAAGGUAAUGCAACUGUUCAACAACAAGGUUUAUACAACUGUAAUUACUUCUACGUCGAAAGUUACAUGCCAAAGUUCGUACACGAGUAUAAAAGCGACAAAUUGACACAUCUCAUGAAUUCAAUCAUCAGGGAUUCCUUUACCUAUCGGCUAAUUCCUAAAGAAGUCAGUAGAUUUGAACCUGAAUUCGAAAUUGUGACGCAACAUGCACCUGUCACCGCGAAAACUUCGACUGGUUCAGGUAAUCAGUACUUCGCAUCUUCUGUAUCAAACUCGCAGCAAUCAGUUGUACAACACGCUUUCAAUUCGCAGCCUUUAAAUUUGAAUUUAAACACACCUGAGGUAAUUCUCAUAGAAAAACAAGAUUCAGCUGAAUUAGAUACCGGGAAAGCAGAAAGCGAUUUCAAAAUGAAGGAUUCUAUACCAAAAAACAUCACCUCGGGCAUUCCAGCCGCAAAAACUUUCGAAGUAAAAACACCAGAGGUGGAAGGUGGAUCGACUGAAAUAUUUGCGACUGGACCUAAAUCAGCCUCUGCUUCUGUGAAGAUAGUCCCGAAGGAAGACCAGGUGAGAGGUCCUCCAUUUUUGGUGGAGCAAGUAGGACUGCCUCUUGUAACCUCCUUCAAAAAUGAACCAAAUUUGAAUGAAAGUCCAACCCCUCAAGCUGCUGCGAAAGAACAACCCGGCUUAGUAAGUGACGCUAGGAAGAUAGAAGGGCCUCGAAUUCGACCUCGAGAGAAGUUGACGAUAGUUGUGGAGCCGCCACCUUCGGAUUUGAAAUCAUGCAUAAACCAAAAAGGAAAAGAGGGUAACGGCAGUUCAAGUGGCAGCAAAAGGAAAAUCUCAUUCCACGAGGAUGUCUACGUGCACGAGUAUCCAAUAGUGUUCUGGACAAGUGAAGAGGAAUUGAGAGAAAAUCAGCUCGAACAAAUGAAGACACCUCCACCGAAUAAUCACCAACCAACGCAGCAGCAGACCUUUAAUUCUUCCUCUGCGAAUUCUGGGAACGAAGCUAAACAGCGAAGCGAGCCGAACAUAUCCGAUUCUAUUAUGACCAGUAAUGAACGACUGACAGCGGGAACUGGGGCUACGAUUGAAGACGAUUCGGAACCAGCGCCUUUGGCAUCUCAUGAAGAUGACCUCUUUUCGCCCUGGGGAUCGACUACUGAUGUUAAUACACCUGGAAUUGCUGCAGGAUCCGAAAGAGUUGCAACAUCAGGCAACAAAAGUGGACAAGGAGUUUCGAAUAAAAGCAUAUCCGAUGGUAAAACUGGAGAGUCAAGAAUUUCGUCUAACGAUUGGGGAGGUGACAUAGGCGAAUUCAAGCCUUCAGUGAUUGCUAAUGCUUUGCCAUUAUCUCCCGACGAUAUUAACAACAACAACAACAACAACAGUAAUAAUAGCAAAAGAAGUGGUUCGCAGAAGAAGAAAGCGCCUGUUGUAAGUCCUACAGUGCUUAGUGUGAUCAGCGACGAUAAAACCUCAAGUAAUAAUAAUUCGAGUGUCAAUCGGAAUUCGACUCCGAUUUCGAAACAAGAAUGGUAUGGUGCCUCUGCUGGCGAAGGAAAUAUUGAGUCAACAGUUGGUAAUUUGGCAAAGAUUGUCGGACCGAAAGCACAAGAUAGUUUAGUAGUUUACCGAGAGCAGACUACAAAAUCUAAGCUGAGCAAAGAUCCCUGUCUGAACUACAAUGACGAAGAACUCGCCGAGGUAGACGAAGACGACACUUCUCUGUCGAAUGAGGUAAAUCAAAGGAUUUCUGUGAAAAAUAGGGACGAAAAAACCGUUUCGAUGUCAGAUGUGACUGAUGCUGAAAACUUGCCGCUUACUUCGUCUUUUACCUCACAACAAGCUGAUUCAACUAAUUUGCAUCAUUUCACGCCUCAGACUAGUCUGACGACAGUGGAAUCGGCUAUGCUAUUCUGAACUGAAAAACUAUCAAAUAUACCCUCUAGCUAACUGUCAAAUUUAGUUGUUGUCUUGUACUAUACUGGUUUUAAAAUGUGCGCUAGGGUAUCAUUUGAUUGGAAUGCUAGAAAAUGUUCGCGUUCAUUUAGAAAUCAUUCACAAGUAGUUUAGAUUAAAUGGAAGUAAAUAACUGGUCUCAGACAGCCUGGCAUACUUUGGUAUUCAAUCUAUCUUUCGCUUUUACAUCAUCGUUGAGUAGUAGCUUUAUCUGAUGAUCUCACAGUUCGUAAUUUUGUAAAUAUAUUUCAAUAUCAUUGUCUACUUAACUACAUUUUACAAAAAUUGUGCCGAAAUUUUCGAAUUCGCAGCAGAAAUAUAAAUAUUAACAUCGACCUUUAGUGCUCAAACUGCCUUUAAAGAAAUCAUUUUAUUAUCUGUUUUGAGUUUCAAUUGAUUUGCAAUGCUUGAUUUGAAUUUCAAAUCGGUUUUUAUAGUUUUGCUAACUUAAUUGCUAAGUUGUUAAGAAUUCAACGCGAAAAAAAUUAAAAUAUUGAGUUCAUUUUUGCUAGGUUGUAUUUGCUGCAAAC